AUGGCCUCGAGAACAGUUCUUCCAUCAGUGACGACAAAGACAGUCCCCGGCCCUGCCCCUAAUGGCAUGGGUAAUGGUUUGUUUGCAACGGCAGACAUGAACCCCGGCGAUACUGUCUUACACAUUGAGACACCAUUUGCGGCUAUUCUCGAUUCGCCGCGCUUGGAAGAUACAUGCGCCGGUUGUUUUGGAAAGCGUCAGGUAGAAACCGGUAAUGAGCUGAAGGCUUGUACGGGAUGUCGGGUCGUGAAGUAUUGUGAUCGGACUUGUCAAUCUAAAGAUUGGAAAUUUGCCCAUUCCCUUGAGUGUCCUAUUUUCAAGAAUCUCAAGCCGAUGGUACUUCCCAACAAUGCUCGUGCCCUUCUGCGUAUCGUGCUGCGCUCUGCUCGUAACAAGUAUGAUUCUGAGGAGUUCAAAGUCUUUGAUGGGCUGGAGACUCAUAUCAACGAGAUAUCAGAGAGCCAGGGUCAGCUUGAUAGGAUCACCUUGACUGCAAGAGCUGUGAAGAAUUACUCAGGCACAGAUAUCGAGGAAGGAACAGUUUCAUCGUAUGCUGCCAAGCUGGAUCUGAACUCGUUCAAUCUCACUACGUCCAUGUACGAUCGUAUCGGUCUGUACAUACACCCAUACGCUGGCUUGAUCAACCAUAGUUGCGACUAUAAUGCCACAGUUGGGUUUGACGGAGCAGAGCUAUACGUCAAGGCCAUGCGUCCCAUCAAAAAGGACGAACAGGUAUUCAUUUCCUAUAUUGAUACCACAACUCCAUACGACAUUCGGCGCAAUGAAUUAAAAGAGCGCUACUUCUUCGACUGCCUGUGUACCAAGUGUCAAAAGGGGGCAGACACGUUGGAGGAUCGAUUCCUAUCUGACAUCGAAGACAUGACACCCCUCGAAACAGCAGAACGGGAAGCCCUGGAACUACUGCAGAAAGCCACAGGAUCUAGCACAGAGCACGCGGAAGCAAUCGAACAGCUCGAAGCUGCUAUGCACAAACUUCACGACACAGGUGCUUGGCCCCUCACUAGACAGCCCUACGCUUCGCUGCGCGACAAGUUGAUCAUUUCCCUGCUAUCCGCUGGGAACUUCACUCGGGCAUUCAUCCAUGCGGCAAUCAGAUAUCUACGGAUUGACCCUGUCGUGUACAACAAGGCCCAUCCAAUCCGUCACAUUCAUGCCUGGAGCCUGGUUAGAUUGACGGUAUUCCUUUCUCAAGAAGGAUUCCAGCCCGAUCCUAAAGAUCCUGUGCAGAUUCGUGACUUCCAACUAAACUUCCAUUACCUGAUUUGGUACAUUUUGGCUGAGCUUGCAAGCACUCAAAUGGAGAGUUGUACUGUUCCUAGCUUCAAAAAGCUAGUUGGAAACCAGUUCGUGCAAGUUCACAACGAGUUCAAGGCCAAUGGCCUCGAUCCAAGUAAGUCCAAAGGUGUUUUGGCUGCUGAAUGGCAGAAGCUGGAGCGCCUUGUGACUAAGGCCUUGGAAAAAGAGUGA